AUGGGGAGAAAGGUGAUGGCUGCUGCUUCUGUAGGAUGGUUGAAUCCCUAUAGUGUGUGGGAGUUAAGAGUGCAUCAGGCAGCGCGGGCUGAGCAGGACAGGGUCCUGGGACAGCCCAGCCAAGUGCCCUUUGCCCUGUGCCUGCCAGGCUGCUACUCCCUGUCGGUGCAGCGUGGCAGGUUCUCUGCCUGGGCCUCAGUGACUCACUGUCACAUCCACCGGCUGGAUAAUGGGCACCUUUACAUCUCAUCCUGGCUCACCUUCCCCAGCCUGCACAACUUGGUGGACCACUACUCUGGUAAUGCCUCACCAGGGCCCUGCUGCCCUGUCUGCGAGCCCUGCCCCAUGGAAGGGCCAAGAGCGGGCCCAGCCCCCACAGCACUCAGUGUCCUCAGGAAGCCAUCACUCCCCUGGAACAAGACUGAGAGCUCCCUCCUGUUCUUGGAGACCACAUCCCCACCGGACGGGUCUCCCAUCAGCUCUUACCUGAUUCUCUCAGAGACUGACACCCCUGAGCCAGACCCCACAGGAAAGGUGGUUGUUAUAGAUGAGUAA